UAUCUUUAUUAUUGAUAAUAGGAGCCCUUUAUAUAGGGAGUUACAAGAUAUACAAUAGGUAAUAGAAUCCGAAUACAAUUGAAUACCUAGAAUACUUUCCUAUUACAACUCUAAACCCUAGUUUGUAGAGGCAUACAUUAUGUCGACAUCCUUCAACAGUCACAAUAUUAUAGCACCAUACAGAGAGGCUAUGUAUGUGGUCUGAUGUAUGAGGAUUGGUCCGAAACAUAAUCAGAAAGGGAUCCGUAGUUUUUCAGCCAUAACAGAUGCUUCAUGUAAGAAAUUCCUAAUAGGAAUUAAAAUUUUGGAUCCAGCACGUACACUUGAAGUACAUCCUCAAUUCCGCAUGCUUAAACCACCUUCCAACUAAACCCCAGCCUGCACAAAAUGCAUGGAGCCAAACAUUCCAUCUAUCCUCUUUGGUUGAUGGUCAAAAAAGCAUGAAAGGCAAACUAAGCUAUAUACUACACUAGUGGCUCAAUGAGUUAUACUUAUAUUUGUACCAAAUGGCUUUCUGGUUUUUCGCCCUAUUACUAUUUGCAGUCGGAGAUUCUAAGCCUGCAAAUCCAAUCAACCAAUCUCAUCUGCAGUCAGCCAUGGCUGACAUGAGAAAGGGGUCUUACCACGGUUUUGUUCUCCUCCUGAAGAUCGUAAACAACAGCAUCCCCGACUCGCUGAGGAAUUCAGACAUAACUUUCUUCAUGCCAAAUGAUGAGGAAUUAUCAGAAGCUACCAUCACUUCAGACCAUCUCCCAGAAUUCAUCUUCAGCCAUUCAAUGCCAACUGCACUGCACCUCACGCAUUUGUUACAUUUACCGAAUGGAACUCUUGUUCCAUCAAAUAUCCCAAGCAAGAUCAUCAACGUAACCAAUUCCAAAAGAUCAGGCCUGUUUGUAAACAACGCCAAAAUUGUAACUCCAGAUGUGUGUGGAAGCUCCACAAUUAGGUGUCAUGGUAUUAGCACAACUAUGAGAUUUGAGAAUUUCAUGGUUACCACAAAGAAAUGUAACAGAUUUGAUCCACCUACUGACCUACAGAUGACCCCAACACAGCAUUGAGCCUGAAGCAAGUUCGCCCAGAAAAAUGCUUGAAGAAGCUAAACUUACUGUGAUUUCAUGAGGUA